CGGCGGUCUCAGUUGGCAAACAAGUCCAGAAAGUUUGAGGGACUACUUCAGCAAAUUCGGCGAAAUCACAGAAGUUAUGGUCAUGAAAGAUCCCACCACCAGACGAUCGAGCUCGUCUGCGAUGGGAUUGGCUGAUUCCUCGGCUCCACUGUACUCGCGGCCCAGGGGUUUCGGGUUCAUCACCUUCGGCGAUCCUGCUAGUGUAGACAAAGUGUUAGCACAUGGAACACACGAAUUAGACGGCAAAAAGAUCGACCCCAAAGUAGCGUUUCCUAGGAGGGCACACCCAAAGAUGGUGACGAGAACGAAGAAAAUAUUCGUCGGUGGGCUAUCGGCGCCCACCACGCUGGAGGACGUGAAAAGCUACUUCGAACAAUUUGGACCGAUUGAAGACGCGAUGCUGAUGUUUGACAAACAAACCAACCGGCACAGAGGCUUCGGAUUUGUGACAUUUCAGAGCGAAGAUGUAGUGGACAAAGUUUGCGAAAUCCAUUUUCAUGAAAUCAAUAAUAAAAUGGUUGAAUGUAAAAAAGCACAGCCCAAAGAAGUGAUGCUUCCAGCGAACCUGGCCAAAACGCGCACCGCUGGACGUGGGACAUACGAUUUUAUGUGGUCGCUGGGGACUUUACCUGAUGGUUUCCCCGCCGCGUAUGCUGCGUACGCAGCCGGUCGUGGCUUUUCCGGCUACCCGAGCUUUGGACUACCGUACCCAACAGUUGACAUCACAAAUGGACAGUUGACACCAAACAACAACACACCGCUGCUGACGCAGGCCCUUUCGGUGAUGAACAAUUAUCAGGCCGCCGCCGCAGCCGCCGCGCAAGGAUUCGGACCGCCAGCGUCGCCACACACCACCACCACCCGGACCGCGGGCGGCUUCCCGAACGCCAACUCGCCCGGGCCGACGAUCGACAUGUACAGCUCGAGCGCGGCCGACAGCGUAGGAUACGUUCAAGCGACCAGCCCGCAACCAUCCGGAUUCCCGGCGAUCGCCGUCAGUCGUGCCCCGUUAAACUACAGUCCGGGCCAGCUAAUUCCAGCGGCGUUUACCAAUGGCUACCAUUGAAAUAAACUAAGCAAUAUUUGAUCACCAUCGCUAGUACUUUGGACCGGGGUUUGAUGGCGCUAGCGGCU